AUGGAGAAGGCGUUAACGAAAGUGACGAGCUUCAAAGUCGGAGGUUCAUGGUUCUCGAAGAAAGCCAAGGAAGAGCUCUCAAACAUCACCAAUGACCUCACUACUUUCUCAAGUACUGUUGAAGAGAAAGCAAAAUGGGUCUUCAACAAGCUUAAAGGAAAGCCAUUGAAAAGCUUACCAGAUCUUCUAAAAGAAUACAACUUACCGCCAGGACUCUUCCCAGAAAACAUAAUCUGCUACGAGUUCGACGAGACAAAGAACAAGCUCACUGUCUUCUUCUCUUCGCCAUGCGAGGUCACGUUCAAAGAUGGAUCAGCGAUACGGUACGCGACACGAGUGAAAGGGAUUUUGCUUAGAGGGAAACUGAUGGGCGUGGAAGGAAUGAAGACGAAAGUUUUGGUUUGGGUUAAAGUGACAACAAUCUCGGUGGAGAGCUCCAAGUCCGACAAGCUCUGGUUCACCGCUGGUGUCAAGAAGUCUCGGUCUAAGGAUGUUUACGACACUCCUCAUGAUGCUAUCAAAGUCGUUGGAGAGUUCUAA